CUGGCCUCUGCUGAGCACCUGGCAGACGGAUGGAGCAGUUUGUUCACGUUAGCUAUGGCUUGUACCAGGGUUAUGGGAACGUACUACCACCUUUGGACCAGCCUGGACUCUUGGGGCACAAGCAACCUGACUGGAAGCAAAACGUGGGUCCCCCCACUUUCCUGUCCAGACCUGGGCUGCUGGUACCAGCAAACGCCUCUGACUACUGCAUGGACCCUUACAAGCGAACCCAGCUGAAGGCUAUUCUCGCGCAGAUGAACCCCAGUUUGAAGUUACAGCUGUGCAAGCCCAACACCAGGGAGGUGGGCGUGCAGGCAAAUCCACGAGUAGACAAGUCCGUGCAGUGCUCGCUGGGGCCUCGCACUCUGCACAGCUGCUCCCCUAGGGCCAGCACUGGGCACAGGCUGCCCCCGGAAGGCUGGGAAGCCUGUUUGCCCAUGACCAGUAGGAAAGGUUUAAUCCGGCUGCAGGUGGGUGGCAGCAAUGGAGAAGGCGAGGCAUUGUGCAGUCCUGUGAAGACUGGUCAGCAGCGAUCACCCAAGUUGAAGUCAGAAGAGCAGCAGAAGAAAGUGAGACAGCCAGAGGAGCUGGGGGUUUCAGAGGCCACAUCACCUCAAGAAGGGAAGAACAAGCCGCCGCCAGAUCUGCUCCAGAAGCCAAACUUCCAGUUUUUGGAACCAAAAUACGGCUAUUUCCACUGUAAAGAUUGUAAGACCAGAUGGGAGAGUGCUUACGUGUGGUGCAUUGCUGGGACUAAUAAGGUUUAUUUCAAACAACUUUGUUGCAAAUGUCAGAAGAGUUUUAACCCUUAUCGAGUAGAAGCAAUCCAAUGUCAGACCUGUUCAAAGUCUCGUUGUUCCUGUCCUCAAAAGAAAAGACACGCUGAUCUAACAAGGCCUCAUCGGCAGGAACUGUGUGGGCGCUGCAAAGACAAGAAAUUCUCCUGUGGCAAUAUUUACAGCUUUAAAUACAUCGUGUGACAGGCAAUAUGGCUUGUAUAGUGUGCAAAAGCUGUUUGUAAGUUACUGUGCUGUCUCCCUUUUUGUGAAACUUGGCUCUGACCUGGCAUUGGAAA